UUCAAUACAAUUAAGUCUACAAAAAAAAAUUGGUAUUUAUUUUUAAUAUAAAUUUUUUUUUUGUAACAGUGAUUGUAAUCAUUUUCGGGUCAAUUAUUAUUACCGCUGUCUGUCUGUCUGACCACUGACCGGCCGAUCGGUUCUGUCUGUGUCUGUGUGUGGGUUUGAAACGACAUGGAAUCAGUGAAUCUCAACGAAUGUCUGAUCGGGUUUAUCGGCGCCGGCAAUAUGGCACUGGCAUUGGCCACCGGUCUCAUCGGUUCACGUGCCAUUAAUCCCAAACAGAUAAGCGCCAGUUCGCCAACUCAGAGGAUCGGUAGCCGAUGGCAGCAAUUGGGUUGUCAUAUCUGUACCGAUAAUAACCAACUGUUUGGUCAUUUGGGUCCACAAAACUUUGCCACAACUAAAGUAGUGUUUCUAUGUGUCAAACCUAAUGUCUACAAGAAGUCAGUGGACAGCGAUAACAAUGGAUCGGCGGCGACCGCACUCGUAAAACCCGAUUCACUUCUACACAUGACUAAUACACUGGUCAUUGUGUCGGUUAUGGCCGGCGUUGAGCUACGUUUGGUACGGCGUCUGGUUUUUCCCGAUCAACGAUUUGCAUCGCCAGCACACAUAGUUUUUGCCCGACUGAUGCCCAAUACGGCCGUAUCGGUUGGCGCCGGUGUCUGCGGUACGUGCAUCGAAAGUGUCGGUAGCGCUCGUGGAGACAAUGCGUUCAAAGGUUUUCUGAAGAAACUGUUGGCACCGUUAGGUUUGGUCGAGUUUGUUGAUGACGAACACCUCUUGAACGCCGUGUGCGGACUGGCCGGCAGUGGCAUAGCGUUUGUCUAUACGUUUAUCCACGCCAUGGCUGAUGGCGGUCUCAAAAUGGGUUUACCGCGUACUGUGGCCACCAGUAUUGCCGCACAAACUGUUAAAGGCGCCGCACUUAUGGUUGAAAAGUCAGGUCAAAAUACCAUUGCAUUGCGCGAUGAGGUGACCUCACCGGCCGGUACCACAAUUCACGGCUUACACGCACUCGAAUCGGGCGGUUUUGCCGGACUCGUCAUGUCUGCCAUCGAGUUGGCCACCAAACGGGCCGAAGAUUUCAAAUAAUAA